GCCAGUGGUUGUGCGGCAAGCCUCACGGAGUAGGUAGCCUGUCAUGGGCAUCAUCGGGCACUGUGUACGAGGGCCAGUUCCGCCAGGGGCUCUACCAUGGAGUUGGUGUUCUUCAUACACCACUACAUCCAGUUGCUUCUUCCGGCUCUGCAUUAUUAUCUUCACAUUCUUCCUCUGGUUCUGCUUCCACCACUUCUUCCUCGGGUUAUUCAUCUUCAUACUUCACCAGUUCUGGUUCUUCAGGGUCUCACACUUCUUAUCCUAUUUCUAUGUCUUCCUCUUCCUCUUCAUCCUCUUCCUUUGUAGUGAUGCAGGAAGGAAUGUGGAUAAGUGGGAAGAUGGUUGGCCAGGCAGUCAUCAGGUAUGCCAAUGGAGAUGUAUAUGUAGGCCAAGUGAAGGAUGGGCUACCCUCUGGCCACGGUGUUCGCAAAACAGGACACUUUGGGUCACAGGCAGCCUCUGUCUACACUGGAGAAUGGAGCCAGGGUGUGAGGGCAGGCUAUGGGGUCUUGGAUGACAUUGUCAGAGGUGAGAAAUACAUGGGCCUGUGGCAGGGAGACCUCCGGCAGGGGCCUGGUAUGGUUGUCACCAUGAAUGGCGUCUACUAUGAGGGCAGCUUCCAUUCCAACAAACUCACAGGUCCAGGCCUUGUGAUCUUGGAGGAUGGCACACAGUUUGAGGGUGAGGUGGGCCCUGGAGGCAGCUUUGCAGGGAAGGGUAUCUUGUCUUACCCUUCUGGGGAUGUUGUCGAGGGAUCCUUCAGCGGAAGCUUCCCUGGCCCUGUCAAGAUCAGUGGGGUCCUUCGCAGAGGGGGCAGUGGAGGAGGAGGGGUUUUGGGAGCUGGAGGAGAAGGGGGGUCAGGAAUGCCAAGAAAUUUAGGGAAACACAGUGUUCCAGCAGACAAAAAAUGGCAAGCAAUCAUCCGUCACUGUCAGGAACAGCUGGGGCUCAACACAGAUGUCAGUGUCACCAAGCUCUGGGAACGUCUCGCCAUUAAAUUACAUGAGGAACAACAGAUAUUGCAAAAGCGAGAAGAAGGAGGCGGGGGAGGCUGUCAAGGUGACCUGUUAGAUGGACUGGACCACAUACCUGAUUAUCUACAAGAAGACAACCUCACCUUUGCAGUAUAUGACCAAGUUAGAAAAUACUUGGGGCAGGCAUUCUUGAGCCGCGUACACCCACUGGGCCAGCUGCUACAGGCGUUGGCCGAUGCGUUCAGGGCCAGCUAUGGUGGCGUGGCGGCUCACCCGAGGCUGCUCUCAUAUGCUGUGCAGGAGAUCCAUUCGCUUACUCAGAGGGUCUAUCAGCUGGUGAAAGCACUCUUCCCAAUUCUUCCAGCCGAGGGAGAGAACAUUAUUCUGCAGAACGAGGAAAACGAAGGACAAGAAAUCAUGGUCACUCCAGCCACCCUGCUGCAGCCGUGGCUCUUGCCGCAGUUCUAUUCCCCGCUCUCCAGCCUCUACGUCCUUGACAACCAGCCCAAAGAUGAUGAGUAUUGGCGCCGUCUGCUAAGCUGGAACAAGCAACCUGACGUUGGCCUCAUGACCUUCCUAGGCGUCGAUCCGAAAUUCUGGCUAGAGGAUGUCCCAGAGCGAGGGGAGGCCAGUCCCAGCGCUGAACCACAGCGCCCCUCGAGCCUGACCUUGGCACCUUCACCAGCCAGGGAGGGCCACUUCAGCGAUGCCAUCGAGACCCUCCAGCUGCUCUCCACGGCAUUCUCUCCGAGAGACAAACUUGCCGUCAUCCAGAAGACUUUCGAGUGCAUAAACGAGCGCGCUGUGGCACGUCUGGGGCGGAUGUUCCAGUGGACAAUGGACGACCUUUUCCCUGUGAUGCAGUUCGUGGUCGUGCGUUCCCGCAUCCAGCACCUCGGGGCUGAGAUCCGCCUUGUUGAGGAUUUACUUGAUGAUGGCGGUGGUGGCGCCGGCAGCUGGAGCCUGCUCGGGGAACUCGGCCUUAUGUUCACCACGCUUAAGGCUUGCUAUUACCAAAUUCAGAAUGAGAAGGUAACAUACCUAGUCUGAGGAAGGGAAGAAGAUAAAAGGGAAUAGAAAGAAAAGAAAUACGAUAACAAGAAUAUUGGAAAGAGGAAUCGAGGAAGAAUAGAGAGAAGGAAAGAAUGCGAUUUUGAAAAGAGAGUAAUUAUAUGUUAAUUACAUUACAAAUUAGAUAAAGGUUAUUUAAUAUUGAAAAAAUCGGAAAUAUUAAUUAGAUUGUUUAUAUAACAAUUCAAGAGUCUGAUCAAUAACUGAUUGUGAAAAAAAUGUUCAAAUUGGUCAAAGAAAGAAAUAGCCAGAUAAAUGAACGGGCAGUAUAUAUAUUACAUAUACAACAGUGAGUUGAUAAUAAAUCAAAAUGAAAUGUUAAAUGUGAUAAAACAGUUGAUUUAUUAAGUUUUAAUUAAAAGUAAUUAAUAUGUAUAAAAGGUAAUGUGUAUGAAAGAAUGAGGUAAUAAGCGUUUGAGUAAAAAACUGAUUGUAUAUUUUAUCAAAAAGUAAAUAUUGUUGUUACUCCAACUCUUAUAAUUAACUAGUAGUUGUAGUAGUAGAUUUUGUGUGAAUUAUAUUUGAUAAGUAAUAAAAUUGUGAUUUUUCAAA